GCAGGCAGCCGUCGCCCCGCUGAUACCGGGACUUUCUGGGGAUGCACUAAACACCCGUUUGUUUUCCAGCGGGAUCAUAUUUGUAAAUAUCCGGGGAGACAACAAACAAUACGUUGCGGAUUUGGCAGAUCCAUCAAUCGGAUGCGAGCAGAGCCAGGCCCAACUUAACAAUGGGUGCCCUACCCCUGUGUGUCCUGCUCCCGGUGACGGUGCUGGCUGUGGUGGUUGUUGUAGCUGCUGAGGAGAACACGCUCAAUGACGAGUACACUUGGCCACAGUGGAAGGUGCCUCUGGUGAGGAAAAGACGCACUGUGCCACUCAGCAGCCCCAACUUCUCAGCUCACCCUCAACUGGAGCUGAGCGGGACCUGUGGCAUCGAGUGUCAGCGUCGCCUCCCGUUACCUUCCCUGGAUGACCUGGAGCAGUUCCUGUCCUACGAGACAGUCUACGAGAAUGGAACACGCACGUAUACCUCAGUUUCUGUGCAGGGCCUCAACGAGGUGACUACCUGGUCCAGAAACGCCUCAUCUAGCUCCCGCCACAAGCGAGAGGUGUACGGCACAGAUACACGCUUCACCAUCGCUGAUAAGCAGUUCUCUACCAAAUAUCCCUUCUCCACCUCUGUGAAGAUCUCCACGGGAUGCUCUGGGGUUCUGGUGUCACCUAAACACGUGCUGACAGCUGCCCACUGCAUCCACGAUGGGAAGGAUUAUCUGGAUGGAGUGCAGAAGCUGCGCGUUGGCAUUCUGAAGGAGAAGUCCAGGCGGGGGAAAGGAGGAAAAGGGAGAGGAGGGCGGGGAAAGGGCAAAAGAAGAAAAGGAGACAAAGGUAAAGAGGAAGCACAGGAGAAGGAGGAGAAUGCUGGGAAAGGGGACCGUAAAGGAAAAGGGAAAAGUAGGAAGAGCCGGAGUCGGCGAAGUGCGGAACCUGAGAAACCUUCAUUUAGGUGGACCAGAGUGAAACAGACCCAGGUUCCUAAGGGUUGGUUCAAAGGUGUGUCUGAUGGAAUGGCUGUGGAUUAUGACUACGCUGUUUUGGAGCUGAAGAAAGCCCCAAAAGUCAAGCACAUGGAUCUGGGUGUCAUCCCCUCAGUCAAGAAGCUCCCUGCAGGGAGGAUCCACUUCUCUGGCUUCGAUGAUGACCGACCUGGUAACUUGGUGUACCGGUUCUGCUCCGUGUCUGAGGAAUCCAACGAUUUGUUGUAUCAAUAUUGCGAUGCCAAACCCGGCUCCAGCGGCUCUGGGGUCUACAUCCGCCUCAAAGAGCCCGGCAAGAGGAAGUGGAAGAGGAAGAUCAUCGGGGUCUUCUCUGGUCACCAGUGGGUGGACGUUAAUGGGGAUGGGAUGCAGCAGGAUUACAACGUGGCGGUGAGGAUAACACCCCUCAAGUAUGCUCAGAUCUGCUACUGGGUCCACGGGGACUCAAGUGAGUGCCAGGUAGCCUGAGACAACUCAUGACCCCCCUUAGCCACCACCCCUGACCCUGAGACCCCCUUCACACGACAGACUCCCACCUGCUCUCACCUUUUGUUGCCAACCAGGGGCCCGGCGCCUGCCUCUUCCUCCUCUUCCUACCUUUUUGUUCCCUCCUGUGCCUCCCAGAGACUCCUGAUCAACACAGACAUACACACAGUCCACACUCAGCCAUGCAGACUCAGCAUUGACAACAAAAGGAACUCGUCAACGCCUUAGGAGAACUGUGGCUCUUCAGCUUUUUCUAAUUUAUUUGCUUAAAAAAAACAACUGAGAAAAAAAAAAAAAGUAUUGUAUGUAUUUUUCAGAUCAUUUAGAUCUGUAGUUUCUAUUUUGACUCUUUUUAAACAAAGAUUUGACCUCUUUGAAUACAAUGUUGGAAAGUGUGUGUGUAUGAUAAGCCCUGGUACAUUCAUACUCUGACGAGGUUUUAUAUGGAGAAACUUGCAUUUUCACGUGUUCUCCACCACUGUAAAAAAAACACAAUUGCCUUUGACAAAAGACCCAGGAAAAAAUUAUAUAACUUUUGUUUUGCAAAUGAACUAUAUAGAAAUAUUAAAUCAACUUUUUUUUUUUUUUUAAAUAAAUGUUUUAAUUGAAAAAGCUGGUGUUUUGCAUUGUGUAUAUCUAGAACUUUCUAUUGUUUGUUUGUUUUUUUACAACUAUCUUUUUAAUAAGACUAUUUUUCUGUCUAAAUAGAGAAAAGGCUCCUUAUGGAUCCUGGACAGAAGAAUUUUCUCUUUGAUUUGUGAGUCUUACCAUCUUUCUCUGUUCUUGCAAUGCAGUGAAAUGUGGUUUCAUUGUCGUGCACAUAAUUAUAUUGGUGCUCUUCCAGAAGUGAUGCUAAUUUAUGGAACUGUAAACUUUUUUGGGUGGGGUGGGGAAGGGGACUUCUCAGUUUUGAUAGCCUAGUACUGUACCUAUGUAUUUAAUGUGAGGCUACGUAUUUGGGUUGCGUUAAGAUGGGACUGAACCAUUCAUACUUGAGCUGUUUAUAUUUCUCCAAUUCUAAAAAAAAAAAAAAAAAAAAAAAAAAAAGGAUCACAAAAUGCCAUGAUAUUGUUAAAAAUGUCAAAUUAAAUUUGGAAUGUAAUAUUGUUUGACUGUUCAUUUUGCUUAUACUCCAAAAAAAAUUCACAAGUAUCCUUUUGAAUACCAAAUACCUGAAAUUCAUGAUGCAGAUUGAAGACUACCAACCAUUAAAAAAAGAUUACUA